GGUUUAUUGGAGGGGAAAUGAACACAUGUUAUAAUGCUCUGGAUCGCCAUAUUAAAUCUGGUCAUGGAGAACAGCUUGCCUUGAUUUACGAUAGUCCCGUGACAAAUACUAUUAAAAAAUAUACCUAUCAAGAACUGCUGGACCAGGUAAAAUUUACAUAACGUGGUCGCUCAGUCCCCGACAGUGAGCUCCAUAUAUAACUGGAGUAAAACCUCACGUCCAGAAAAUGAAGCCAAAGGUCGCGGAAAUUGACGUCCAGUGCCAGUCCCUUCCUAUUGUUUUUGUCUGCCCGGUUGACACGGAGCUGCAAUUUAAAGAAUAACUUUAUAGUUUCCUGACCUGAUUAGCGAUAUAAUCCGUUAGAAAAAAAAUUAGCUAAUUUUUAAAAUAGUGCGAAAACUAUUUACGAACUGCAUAGAUUUUGGACGUCAAUUUCCGCCAUCUUGGAUUCACUUUUAUCACGGACGAAUGACUGAAGUUCUCGCUCCAGAUAUUAUAGAGCUCACUGGUCUCCGAGCGGUGCGAGUGCAAUGUAUUCUGAGAAUGGUCAGGGAGACACAACACUGAGCUGAAAACUGUAGAACUAUACAUAGUGCAUCUAUAUAUUAUGCAUAAAUGUACACCUCAAAGUGGUGCUGUUGAUGUCAGUUCAUGUCUUGAUUUUUUAAGUUAAAAUCCUUUUUAUUGAAACCUCUAAGCAACCCAAUGGCUGGACCGCCACUUCUAGUUACUGGUGAAGCGAAUAAUUUUUUCUUGCAAUGCCUAAUUUAUCUUUGCUGCGCGUACGUUAAUUUAUUUCGCGCAAAAUUUUCCGCAUUUCGCAGAAAAGAAGCGCUUUUGAAAUAUUUAACGUUAAACUAAAUCGCUUUCAGCCUUUCAUUCGACCUGCCUAACUGAACAUAUGUAUAUUCACAACUUCAAGAGUUUCAUAGUAUCACGACUCGUGAUGGCAUCCCUGGUGGUAAAAUCUCGAACGGUCUGUGCCAAUGUAGAUAGCGAGAUCGCUGAGGUUUGAGAUACAACUACCUGAAAAAUACAAGAAGAACGUCGACGUUUCGAACAAAUGCCCUAAAGGCCCAUUUCCACUCAGGAAAAUUUUCCGCAGAAAGAAAAUUUUGUAAAAUGUGAUUGGCCGACACAAAUUUUCCGUCACACAAAUAUUUUGAAGUUGAAAAUUUUCAACUUUUAACAAUGACUUUUUCGGAAAAUUUUCUGUCCGUGGAAAUUUUUCUUGAGUGGAAAUGGGCCUUUACUUUCCGACGAUUUCCGACGAAGGAUCUUCUGUUUCGAGGGUAGUCGUGUGUCUCUGAAUCCGCAGCUAUCUUGCCAUCGCUGGUGGUAACCUGGUGUGACCCGAUUCUUCGGUUUUGCAUUAGCGCAAACGGUCAGUUUGGGAUUCAUUUUAGAACUCGUUACGUGUUGUCACGACUCAUGAAAUGGUUACUUGAUUACUCAAUAUUUUUAGGUGAGCCUAUUUGCUGGAGGUUUAACAGAUCUGGGAGUAGUUAAAGGCGAUCGUGUUGUAAUCUAUAUGCCGAUGAUUCCACAGGUACUUACAGUAUAAGAAUUAAUACGGCAUAAAACUCUAUUAGUAAAAUUAUCGCCUGGAGCGGUGAGCUUGGAGAAUAUUUUAUAUUUUAACCAAAUAUAUUUCGGCUUGCCUCUAUAAAGUUAAAGGCGCCAGCACCGGACAGGUUUUUGUCUGGAUAUAGCUAUUCGUGCAGGUACACGCUUUACGUGGAUCCGGACAAGUUUUUGACCGCCUACGAAAGGGUACUGAUAUGAAAUUGUUCCAAACAGAUAUUUUUUGGUAUCAUGUAAACACAAAACUAGGCUAAAGGAAUACCGAAUGGUUUUCCGUGCAGGAUUGCAUGAUCCAUGAACGAGGGAUGUCGCGCGCGAGACUUUCGGAAAGCGUAAAAAUACUCGAGCCGCAGGCGAGUGUAUUUUUACGCUGUCCGAAAGUCGAGCAACAUCCCGAGUGCAUGAAUCACGCUAUCCUGCUUGGAAAACCAUUUGGUAAUUGUUUUAUAAAAUAACUACAGUGAAACAUUUUGAGGAUCCCGCGAAAAUCCCGCGAAAAUCCCGCGAAGUAUAUUUUUCGGCCUGCCUCUAUAGUUAAGGGCGCCAGCACCAGACAGGUUUUUGUCUGGAUAGCUAUUCGUGCAGGUACACGCUUUACACGGACCGGCCGAUCCGGACAAGUUUUUGACCACCUACGGAAGCUUACUAAUUUGAAAUUGUUCCAAACAAAUAUUUUUUUGGUAUCAUGUAAACACAAAACUGGACAAGUAUUUCUGUUGAUUCAUUCCAGUUUGGGCUGUUCCCGCCUGCUGUGAUGUGAUUAUAUACACGUUUAGUGAAACAUCAGGAAAAUUCAUAAUCCUUGGUCUUAGAAUUGAAAAAUAUUUGUUCCUUUUAUUUCAAUACAUCUUCCAAAUAUUUCCCCUGUGGAUAUAUUUUAUUUACCUUUAAUAUUCCUAAAGUCCAAAAUUCACCCAUUUGGAUUGCUUAUUCAACUGAAUAAUUUUUGUCUGACGGCAUGCGUGGCAAAUUGAAGCUGAAGAAUAGGAGAGUAAUUGCUGAUGGUAAACAACGCUUUUGUAAAAGCAGUUCAGAAAAAUAUUUGUCAAUGAAGGUGGACAAACUAUGCGAAGUCCUCGGAUAUUCUGAACCUAAAUAACGUGAUCCAGUUGCUUCCUUCCAAAAUUCUGCCGAACAAGCACCUUUGUCAACAACUGCGGUACCUUCAUACGAGAAUUAUCUCUAUGCAGUUUUAUAAUAUAGCUCAGUUGUAAUUAUUUUAUUGGAUUUUUUUCAAUCCGUAAAGGCCUGAUUCCACGAGCGCUUUUUCUUGGCGAAAUGCGAAUUAUUUCGCCUGUUUCUUUUGAAUUGCGACCACUCGAAUAAAUUAUUUCUACUUGAUUGCUCACAAUUCAAAAGAAACAGGCGAAAUAUUUCGCAUUUCGCCAAGAAAAAGCGCCCGUGGAAUCAGGCCUUAAUGCGAAUAUUGGACAAUUUCCUGCAAUGCGGAAGACCUAUAUAUAGAUGUCCUGGUUAUGUCUAAAAAUGUACAGGGUGUCUAAAAAAAAACGCUAUGGAAAUUUAACAGGCUGUCGUGCAUCAUAAACGUGGCUAAACAAUUCAAUUUUUACAUAGGACGGAAGAACAGAUAUUUAGCAUCUCAACCCAGGUUGACAAUCUUGCCAAGAUCCCAGCAAGAUCUUGACAAGAUCUUACCCAAGAUCUUACCAAGAUCAUGCCAAGAUCUUACAUAAAUCCUGCAAGAUCAUGGAAAGAUCUUGCAUGAUCUUGCAAGAUCUUUCCAAGUUCUUGCAGGAUCUUACCUAAGAUCUUGCCAUUAUCAUGGCAAGAUCUUGUCAUGAUCAUGGCAAGAUCUUGCAAGAUGUUUGGCAAGAUCUUGCAAGAUCCUGCAAGAUCUUAGGUAAGAUCCUGCAAGAACUUGCAAGAUCUUUCCAUGAUCUUGCAGGAUCUUUCCAUGAUCUUGCAGGAUUUAUGUAAGAUCUUGCCAUGAUCUUGGUACAAAUCCUGCAAGAUCUUGCCAUGAUAAUGGCAAGAUCUUGCAAGAUCUUGCCAAUAAUGGCAAGAUCUUGCAAGACAGGAAAGAUCUUGCAAGAUCCUGCAAGAUCUUAGGUAAGAUCCUGCAAGAACUUGGAAAGAUCUUGUAAGAUCAUGCAAGAUCUUUCCAUGAUCUUGCAGGAUUUAUGUAACAUCUUGGCAUGAUCUUGGUACAAAUCCUGCAAGAUCUUGCCAUGAUUCUCCAAGAUCUUACCACAAAUCCUGCAAGAUCUUGCCAUGAUCCUCCAAGAUCUUGCCAAAAUCCAGCAAGAUCUUGCCAUGAUCUUGCCAAAAAUCCUGCGAGAUCUUGCCAUGAUCCUCCAAGAUCUUACCGAAAUCCAGCAAGAUCUUGACAUAAUCCUCCAAGAUCUUACCAAAAAUCCUGCGAGAUCUUGCCAUGUUCCUUCAAUAUCUUACCAAAAUCCAGCCAGAUCUUGCCAUGACCCUACAAGAUUUUACCAAGUUCGUGGCAAGAAUACAUGGCAAAUACAGAAUGAAGAGGCUCUACAUGAAAUAUACUAUACUCUGGAUAUAACUUUGAUUGAAUUUAUCAAACCAACGUAAAAGUGUACAAUAUUGCCAUAAAUUCAGUGUCGGUCUUUAUUAAAUUGUAAUCAAUUAGUUCAUCCAAAUUAUAAUACUCAAGCUUUUACCCGGUUUAGUUUGCAUAGUAAAUGUAGUAAAUUAGACCAAUAAUGUUGGUAAAAUAUUAUCAAUAUCUAUGGCGAUUGAAAUAAAGUCUGAAUGAAAGUUCCACCUUGCUCAAUAUUUGAGAGAAAACAAAGGGAAUCUUGUCUGUUCUUAAUAAUGUUGUUCUAAAGAAUUGAGUUUCAAGAUGGAACUUUUAUUCGGAGGUUGUUUCAUACUUUACUUCAUGAAUUAUAUUAGCAUUGACACCAUUGUUAUUGCAAGUUCUUCGAUUUUGUUUUUCUUCGCAUAUCGCGGCACUUUUGAAUUUUGAUUGCACGCAUCCACGAUAAUUUGGCGUGUUUACUGUUCUCUGUACUUUUUCUUCGCCAUACUUGGCGUUGAGGACAGCUAUAUCGUAAAAAAAGACUGUGUUAAAGUAAGUCUAUUUUUUGUAUUUAAGUUCAUUUCAAUGUUUACCCAAAACACAUUGCCAUUGGCAAAGAAAACUAUAGUACUUUUAAUUAACACAUACUGUGGCAACUUAGUCUUAAGUUUGUAUAUAUCUGUUCACAGCUGGCCAGUUAAUUUUCUUGAAGUCAAAUCACAUAUAUUAUUCUUACCAAACAAUUUAGUGACCCUGUUGGGAUCUAGUGCUGGUUUUGGAGAUCUUUUCGACUGGAAUAGUAUUCCAUCCUGGAGCUCUUCCGAUGAAAAUAGGAAGUCCAAUAAUUUGAUUGCACAUUUUGAUGGCUCUUUUGGCGGUGCAUUUACGGUCAUCAAAUUAAUGUCAUUGUGCCACUAAAAUGAAUUAACAAUACUUGAUAUUAAAUCACUGUAGUUUAAUUCUUUUUAAGUAAAAACGAUAAAUUACACAUGUAUACACUCAUACUUACAAUCUCGAUCUCUGUAGUUUCUUUUUUGGCCAUAGCUUUAUCAUUUGGGGAUGCCUUCACCAUGUUUUCCUAAAUAAUAUUUGAAAUAACAAAUUUUGAAUAAUACACAUGUUGAAUAAUACACAUGUUGAAUAAUCAUAGCUCAAACCAUUAAUUUUAUAUGAAAGAUCUCUAUAUUUUAUCCUAGCUUCACUGGUUGGCAUAAUGAAACUUAACUCACUAAUGAAGCUCACAUUUAUACCGUAGUGUGAAAUUGCGUGUUCCUAUGCGCUGCAUUUACGAUGUUUGGCACUGGAUCUGUCAAAGGGUAUUCUCAACGGCUUUGUCAUUCUUAACAAAACGUUAAACUAUGCAUUAUCACGUAAAAGCUUAUUGCGACCAAUGAUGAGGUGUUAUUAAAAUUAUUUAAAGUCGAAAUUACAGCAAGCAUUGCAUCGCUUUAACCAAUUAACUUAGCCUUUUGUAAGGUUAUUUGAAAAAGCUUGAAACAUUUAUUACAUGUGGUAAUCAAACUGCUUAGCGCUCAUUCAUUCAAUAUACAAAUAAUGUGUUACAAAAAGGUUGUAAGCACUUACUUUUUAUUUAAGACAGCUCGACAAGUUAUCCUUUCUUCUUUAGUGCAGCAACAAAGUCGAGGAACAGAAGUAUAAACUGCCGUGUACCUUGUAUGUUUGACUUAUAAAACGCGCCUUGGGGCUUUUACCAACGGUUGUCUACCACAAAUAUGCGAAAAAUGCGCAGAUAACAAGAUUUACAGAUAUUGAUUAAUUGAUCUCAUUUCAGUCAUUUGGAUCUGGUACGCAAAGGUGCGAGAGCAACUGUACGCGUAAAAGCCUCCUUUCACAAGGAUCUUUCAAAAUCAUGGCAUUUUUGGUAUGAUCAUGGUAAAAUCAUGACAAGAGAUUGUGUCAAGAACUUCCAAGAUCAAGAUAGAUAAGAUCUUGGCAAGAUCAUGCUUGGAAUCAUGGCGAGAUCUUGACAAGAUCUUCCAAGACCAUGGCAAUAUUAUAAUAGAAUCUUGGCAAGAUUGUGAUAAGAUCUUAGCAAGGAUCAUGAUGGGAUCUUGAAAAGAUCCUCCAAGAUCAUGGCAAGAUUACAAUAAGAUCUUGGCAAGAUUUUGGUAAGAUAUUGGCAAGAUCAUGGUGAGAUCUUGUCAAGAUUUUCAAGACCAUGGCAACAUUAUGGUAGGAUCUUGGCAAGAUUUUUGAUAAGAUCUUGGCAAGAUCAUGGUGGAAUCUUGGCAAGAUUGUCCUUUGAUAAGAUCUUGGCAAGAUCAUGGUGGAAUCUUGGCAAGAUUGUGAUAAGAUCUUAGAAAGGAUCAUGGUAGGAUCUUGGUAAGAUCAUGGUGGAGUCUUGCCAAGAUCCUCCAAGAUCAUGGCAAGAUUACAAUAGGAUCUUGACAAGAUUUUGAUAUGAUCUUGGCAAGAUCAUGGUGGAAUCUUGCCAAGAUUGUGCAAGAUCAUGGCAAGAUUAUGAUAGAAUCUUGGCAAGAUUGUGAUAAGAUCUUGGCUAGAUCAUGGUGGAAUCUUGGCAAGGUUGUCCAAGAUCAUGGCAAGAUUAUGAUAGAAUCUUGGCAAGAUUGUGAUAAGAUCUUGGCAAGGACCAUGGUGGGAUCUUGGCAAGAUCAUUGUGGGAUCUUGACAAGAUCAUGGCGAGAUCAUGAUAGGAUAUUGACAAGAUUUUGACAAGAUCUUGGCUAGAUCAUGGUGGAAUCUUGGCAAGGUUGUCCAAGAUCAUGGCAAGAUUAUGAUAGAAUCUUGGCAAGAUUGUGAUAAGAUCUUGGCAAGGACCAUGGUGGGAUCUUGGCAAGAUCAUGGUGGGAUCUUGACAAGAUCUUCCAAGAUCAAUGGCAAGAUCAUGAUAGAGUAUUGGCAAUGUUGUGAUAUAUGCGAUUGGUUUGAUCAAGGUUCAUUAUACCUACACUUAUGAAGGUCGAAAAAUACAACUCAGCAAGAAUUAUGUAUGACGAAAAAUCAUGAAAGAUCUUGGCAAGAUCUUGACAAGAAUUUCAGACAAUCUUGGCAAGAUUUUGGUAAGUAUGGCAAGAUUGAAUAAUCUUGGCAAGAUAUUGGUAAUAUCUUGGCAAGAUCUUGCCAAGAUUAGUGUCUUGCCAAGACCUUGCCAUGAUCUUCCAAGAUCAUGCAAGAUCUUACAAGAUCUUGCCAAGAUCUUCAACCUGGGAAUGAUACCUUUUUAAAUCGUAGCGAUGAGAAAUGGCCACAGGCUCGCCAAAUAAAAAUCGCCGGUCGAAAUCACAUUCUUCCACCGUUGGGAAUUGCAUGGAAAACGAACAAUAAACAAUUCCCAAGAGGGAAUUAAAAUGAAUUUAUGUUAAAUUAUCUAAAAUACAGGGUGUAUAAAAAAACGCAACCUCGGAAUUUCCCAAGAAAUCGACAUUGUUUUGAAGACAAAAGAUUUUAGGCGCCUGGGAAUUUAAAAUAGCACAACUGUCAAAAUUACUGCACACGCGAGUGCAUAAAGCAAAAUUUAUGCAUUUAUUUAAUGCACAAUUAACAACAGUAAUAUGAUCUAUUAGCAAUUCGAUUUCAAUUCCCAGGGGCCUAAAAUCUUUUAUGCUUAAGAAUUGCAAAGUGAUUCUUAGGAAAUUCCGAGGUUGCGUUUUUUUUUAUACACCCUGUAAGCUCAACUAGUCAAUCUGAAUCUUUGUCUUAGUGAGACCAUAAGAACGUCAUUAUUGCAUUAAACAUGGUUCAUUAACCACUGAACAGAGAACAUUCGUAAUCAAAACGUUUUAAGAAACAAGUACUCGCGUUGCUUUUGCAUUGAUUAACUUUGCAUAGUUAAUUGUUUUUCAAUUCCCAACGGUGGAAGAAUGUGAUUUCGACCGGCAAUUUUUAUUUGACGAGUAUCUGCCCAUUUCUCAUCGUUUCGAUUUUAAAAGAGUAUCAUUGAAAAGCUAAUUAAAAUAACUGUUCUUUCGUCCCAUGUAAAAAAUUGAAUUGUUUAGCCACGUUUAUGAUGCACGGCAGUCUGUUGAAUUUCCAUGGCGUUUUUUUUAGACACCCUGUAUAUUGUUCCAUAGAACGGGUGGCCAAAGAUUUUGAUAUUUAUCAAUAUAUACUUUUACAUACAUGAACUUGUGUUUAAUGCUCAGCAAAUGGACUCUGUAGCUCAGUUGGUUAGAGGACUGCACCAUGCAGAAUCGCAUGCAGGGCUGCAUGAGGUUGUUUCCUACCAGGGGGUCUAUAGUCGCAACUGUUCCUGGUUUGGUCUAAAAAUUCACAUACAUAAUGAGUUUGUGUUGGAAAAUUGCAUCAGCAACAGAGCCAUCUAUACUAUUAGUCCAAUCGAACUACAGGGUGUCUCAAAAAACCCCAAAAUCAUUGAAAUUGACGUAUUGUUCGAUAUUCAAUGCCCUAGCACUAAGUUAAUACCACGAGUGCAUAAAAGAUUGACAUAACUGCUAUAAUGAAUGGUAAUACUCAGCGUAAACUUGUUAUGUCAGGCAUAAAGUACUAAACCCACGAAUGCAUAUUACGCAUAUUACAAUUUACGAAGCAUUUUUAAAUUCCCAUGAGCAAACAAACGUUCACUUUACAAAGAUAUUUUAAUUUUUUAAAACAAAUUAAUCACCCUGUCAAAAUCCUUUGUGUUACGGCAUUGAAAUUCGAACAAUACGUUAUUUCAAUGAUUUUGGUUUUUUUUGAGACACCCUGUAUAGAUGCCCAGAGGUCUCGAUAUCUGCUUCGUUAAAUGCUGUUUGUUUGAUUAUAGGCUGUUGUAGCCAUGUUAGCAUGCAGCCGUAUUGGAGCGAUUCAUUCUGUCGUAUUUGGUGGUUUUGCGUCGGAAGAGUUAGGACGGAGAAUACAGCAUGCUGAGGUAUCACUCUAUGAUCUGCUGAUAAGAUCAGCUAUGAUCUGCCGUCAAUCCUGCAGGCUGCUCCAUUUACUGUUCUAGAACAUUUGGAACACUGUUCUGGAACGAUAUGAAAUGGAGUGCACACGGUGUUCUGGAACAGUGUUUAGUUUAUUAUAUAUGCGUGCAACCAUGCAUUACUACAGUGUAUAUUUAUUAGUUAUUCGCAUGAUAAAUCGUAUAAUGGUUUGCUGUUAUUUGUAUAUAUAUGAGUAUGCUUUUGCAACGUUUUUAUUCGUUGAUUUUGCCCAACCCUGGCAUUCAAGUAGCAUAUAAUAAAUAUAUGUCGAUAUAUAGCGGUUAACCCUUCAAAAUAACACUCUAUGUAGUGUGCAUUGGGCCCGUUUCAUACGCCGUACUUCACAUGUGCCGAAUACAUUAAAAACAAUAGGUAAUGAGGCAUUUCAGCUCAUUAUCUAUUGUCUUUAAUGUAUUCGGCACAUGUGAAGUACGGCGUAUGAAACGGGCCUUGGAUACACAAAAUCUAUCGCCUCCAUUUCCAAUCACGUGAAAAUGCGCAGUAUCACCUGUUCUGUUCCGGCUGUCCCUACUCGAAAAUCGGAGUAGUCAGAACAGUUCAGAACAGUCAUGUGACUGUCUUCUGUUCCAUUCCAUUAGUGUUCCGAAAAUCCGGAGUACUCCGAACAGUAAAUGAAGCAGCUUGCUGAGGGUCCCACUAUUUCUAUAUGCGAUAUACAUAUAAUUACCCCCGCCCAUAUUUGCCAUAUUUUGCUUCCUGUAAUUCAUAAUACAUGAUUAAUAGUUAUUUAGCGUCAAUUUUGGUCAGACAGAUAUAAUUUUGGGAUUGAUUAUCCUUCAGAACGAGGAUAACAAUAUGUGACACCGCCUUAUCCAACAGUUGCUCUUUUUCAAUUAAACAAUAAAAACUGGUAUAAAUUUGACUGCAAAUAAUUGUGAAAUACCACAAGAUUUAUUCUUAUCACUACCCAUUGGGGCUUUCUAGUGACCGAUUACAUCAAGUAUUACGCUUAUAUUACCUACUAAGCUUAGACUAUUUAUUUUUUACAACAAUUGUGACAUUACUUUCCUAACUAUGUUUAUUUUAAUACACCCUGUCAACUUUCCCUGUGGGAGGAAACCAGCGAGCCCGGAGAAAACCCAGGACUUUCAGCAGAUCGUUGAUUGAUUCUUUUCACAUGAGUCCACACAUGAGUCCGUAGCGAGACUCGAACCCACGAUCUCAGAGGUGAAAGGUGCUUGCUCUGACGACUGCGCCACCGAUGUCCCUUGGGCGCUUGCAUCUUAGCCUGCGAACAGGCUCUCAAGCUGAAUUGAGAGCCUGCAUCGAUGACUAAUGAAUUUGAAUAUCUGCGUCUCCAAUCGUGACGCGAAAUUCUCAUUGGUCAGAUGCUAUAAUUUAUAUGUUUCCGCUGAGCUCUAUAUAUGUCAACUGCUGAAGCACUAUGCAUAAAAAACACAUUAACUGAUCAAAUUGGUCUUGACCAUCUUAUCUCAAAGCACGAAAUGUUCUGUUUUGAGAAAACAGUAUUUAAAACAUUUGAACUUUUGCUUCAAUAUCUUAUAGUUCGAAAAACAGUAUAAACUGUACGGUCUAAAUUUAGUUUGCACGGUCUAAAUUUAGUUUGCACGAAAGUUGUAAACAACACCAUAUAAGGAUAUACAUUCCAUAUUUGGAAAAACGAACGUUACGGGGCAGAUAUUCAAAUUCAUUAGUCAUCGAUGCAGGCUCUCAAUUCAGCUUGAGAGCCUGUUCGCAGGCUACUUGCAUCUAGGUGCACCGGCCUGUUCCGCCCCCUCCACUUCUGGAAUGGAUUGUCGCCCUUGAAAGGAAUAGUAGGCGGUUGUAACUUGUAGGAAGCCCGUUCAGAUUUGCCAAACGUUUUUUAAGAAAUGAGGGUAUAUACCAAUUAGCCAUUCCGAAGUUGAUGAGAGGACUGGGACGAGUGUUAAAAAGUGCCCAAAUUAAGAAAUGAACCAAAUAACUAAAACGACCACCUCCAAGUUUGAAGACGUUUACAUAAAUACCCUUCGAAUAAUAAGCUUUCGAAAAUUGUGAAAUUACUGAUUAAAAGAUUGUUUUUGGGACGCGCGUCCCCAAAACAAAAAUUACAAUACAUUUCAUAGUAAAUAUCACUACGAUUUUUGAAAGCUUAUUAUUCAAAGGAUGUUCAUGUAAACGUUUUCAAACUUUGUAUACUUACUAAUUUUGAGGUGGUCGUUUUAGCCAUUCGGUUCAUUUCUUAAUUUGGGCACUUUUUAACACUCGUCCACUGUCCUCUCAUCAACUUCGGAAUGGCUAAUUCGUAUUGUUUUGACAUAAAAGCCAAAGACAUGGCUUCCUUCCAAAGACAUGGCUGGCUUCCAUCCUGGUAAGAUUUCUUAUUUUCCUUUGAUUCUUUAUGUUUAUAGCCUAAAGUCGUAGUCACAGCUUCCUGUGGAAUUGAGCCAAAAGGAAUACUGCCGUACAAACCAUUGAUGGAUGAAGCUAUCGAAUUCUCCCAAUACAAACCUGAAAAGUGCGUUAUUUACCAAAGAGACAUGGUUUGUAUAUUGUGCAUUUUCCAUUCCAACAUUUCGACUUUCUUUCUGGUUACGAUCCCUUAACGCAUUUAUUCAAACAAAAAGAAACUACACAGUAAAGUUGAAAAACGUAUCCAAGAUAUAGGGAUGGUAAGAAAAUUCAAAAUCAGCUAAAUUAACUUCGACAAGCAAAGUGUUUGUUCAACUCGAAUCCUAACUUGAAUCCUGAGCCUUCCUCUAGUUUGGUAAACGAACAAUACAAUUUACAGUCAUUUUACAGUAUAAUAUCCAACCCGGAACAGAAUAAUUAUAAUUUAUGCAUUCCGUCAAUCACAAUGUUUCUAAUAGGGAGAUUAAAGGUCCAGACACAACAGACGGGAUUCGGCAACGCGACGUGGUUUUUUAGUUUUUGUGGCUAGCCCGUUUGCGGGCUAGCCACUAUCACAUACACAUACACAAACGCGAUGAGCGAUGAUGAUCAUGGUGUCCAGUCCGGAUUUUCGUAAAGUAUCGGGAGCAAUCGGAAGCGCCCGUAUUUUUCUGCCGACAUUUCACAUUUGCAUUUCGAGUCAAUACUAGUGAUGCUGUUACGACGCAGUACUAAUGAGGUUGUUAAACCAGAAAAUUAAAAAAAAGUUUAUCUUCAUGGCUUCAACCUAUGGUGUCGAAGCCGAUUAGAAAUUGCGCGUACUCGCCGUGUAAAUAUGGGUUUUGAUUUGCACUUUUGACUGAUUUGCGGGCCAUUAGCCAUCUUGAAUUGUCUUCUUGUUGAGAUUUCAUAUCUCAAAAGUGGAGGAGGUUAUAAUGCAGCGAAUAAAACCAGCAUUGGAAAAUUAUGGUAAAAGACCAGAAACUGUGCAUUGAACUCGUUUAUCAGGCUUUAAGUAUAGCUUUUCUUCAGACAUUGACGGCGUCUCAAAUGUCUACAUAUUUGUAAUAAUUACUAAUAAACCUAUAAAGGAUUAUUGCGUCUGUCUGUCUUAGGAGUUAUAUAGUCGAAUAAUUCAGCAUGAUUUGUCUCACGUUCUCUUAUAAGUUGACUAAUAUUGCAUUAAAAGUGGUAAAAGUUGGUGUGCUAACCAAGAUUCCAGUGUAUUUGUUUGCUAAUAUUGCUAGGCCUAUAUCUCAAACGCUAUUUGCCUAUUAAAAUAUCAUAUGACACGCAAUUUUAAUUCCACGACAAAACUGCUGUUGCCCAAAUAACAAACGCGAGAUUAAAUAUAUAUGGCAGUAUUACAGUUUGGUAAUAUUGCGUUAAAAGUGGUGUGUCUUCUUAUUACUAUUAAAGUUAACCAGCAUGGCAGGCUUUCUGGGUUUGGAGGAGGGUUUGGGGAGUUAAAGUUUACCAGGCUAGCCACAUGUACGCAUUUCGUACCUAUUUUUGAAAGUUAAUAAAACAGCCAAUGAGAGCAAAUUUUGAAAGAUAUGUAGACCAAAUAACUCAAAAUGUUAUAGUACUUCUAAAUAUUUGGAAAAUUUAAACUAUAGGAUCAUGAGAGAAAAUCGAAAAAUCGCGUCGCGUUCUCGAAUCGCGUCCGGUGUGUCUGGACCUUAAUUUGGGAAUUACGGGAUGAUCAAAUACGCAGUAUGAUCAAAUCAAGUCAACGCAGUAUGAUCAAGUCAGUAUGAUCAAGAUCAAGUAUGAUCAAAUACGCAGACUUUAGCAAAAAUUUGUAAACAAACUGGCGCUCCUCGCGAAGCCGUCGUAUCUUAACCUCUUAACCACGCUGACAUAUUGCCGCGGUAAUACCCAAAUUAUCGUCUGUGUUCCCCAUAGCGAAGAAAUCGCGGUCAUAUCGGACAAUGUUACAAAUAUAACUGAAAAGCCCGAAAACGUACCACCUGAAAAUUAAACUGUUCUAAAACAAAAACAUAGGACUAUAACGUCAAAUCUUUAGAUUUACCAAUGUUUGCAAAAUCGUAGUUUACUGCUUUGGUAGCGGCAGGAAUGCCUCGACGAACUUUAAUCGGCCGCUAUCAUUUCAGGUGAAGGGUACGAAUCUAAAAAUGUAUAUAGGGCUUUAGGUCCUCGUAGAAGUCUUAUAACGUGAAUCGUUGAUAAUUGCGCAGAGCGUAAGAUGCGGUUUUAAGUUUGUUUAAAUGAUCUUCAAAAACUCAUUAAUAAUUCAUGAGGAAAAGCCAAAGAAAUCACUACCGUGUCGGUGAUUUUAUAUGUGAUGAAAAAUCAUGUUAAUUUACAUAAACUUUUGCUUUCUCGGCUAAGAUAAUGUUUAUUUUUAAAAUUACUUCGCCAAUGAACUCAUCAGAUGGGUCGUUUUUUAAUCCAUUUAAAACACUCGCAACCCAUGCUUUAUAAGACACUCCUGCUCGUUUUUUAAAUAGUACAUAACGCAUGAUAAUAAUGAUCAGAGACUCUGCAGUUGAUAAUUAGUCUAAAGCCUAGUUUUCAUAUGGUCGUUAGUUGUCGCUGGCACGACAAGCGGUAGAUGUGAAAUAGUCUAAUAUCAAUAGUCUUUUUGUGUGUUAUAUAUGCAAAUCAGUCUUAAUGAUUGCAGAAUUUUAUAAAAUUUUGUUGACACUCUAUUACAUCAGCCACUUGUCGUGCCAGCGACAACUAACGACCAAAUGGAAACUAGGCUUAACUCUGAAUAAUAAUCAAUGCAGCCAACGCUAUGUCAAUCGCACUGCAAAAACCAGUCAACUAACCCACCCUCGUUUCGGAAAAAUUCCACGCAAUGCCGCGGCUGAUUCGUUCAAUUAACAGAAUAUAUAUUUAAUUUUAGUACAAAGGAAUUAUGAUAGAUGGUAGAGAUGUGGAAUGGAAUGAUGUUAUGGCAAAGGCCUCUCCCCAAGACUGUGUUCCAGUGCUGGCAACGGAUCCUCUUUACAUAUUGUACACGUCAGGCACCACAGGUGACCCCAAGGUUGGUGAUUGAUAUUGGGCUAGAUUAUAAUUCUCAAAUUAACAUGUCUUUUUAAUGCUAUGUUUGUUCACUGGUAUAUGUAUUGCUUUCCUUUUCAAGCAAAUUUAACUUUUUCGUAUAAAGUAAUUUUAAAAAAUAAACUGAAAUUAAAGAAUUCGAAUUUUGGAAAAUUGAAGGAAAUUCUAUAAUUGUUAUAUGCAUACAUUGAACAUAACUCCAUUUUCUACAGUUACAUGCACAUUAACUAGCUCGAAAACGUCAGUCAAUCAAAUAUUUAAAAAGUUGCUUUAAACUACAAGCUCUCUUACUAUCUUUAUAUAUGCAGUUUUGUGUGAAAAUGACCCUCAAUGUCAACUGUUUUUUGUUUUCUGCAUAUUCAUAUAUAUGUAGUCAGUAUUUUUUUAGCGCUUGAAACCUUUACGCUAACGAUGUGAUUUCGAAGUUAAAGUAUAUUGACCUUAAUUACAGGGUGUUGUACGUCCUUCAGGUGGUCAUGCUGUGGCACUGAACUGGUCAAUGAAACAUUUAUAUGGCAUCGAGCCCGGUGAGGUGAGGAGAAUUCUUGGAAAGCUUAUAUUUGGGGAGUUUUAUGUGAUAUUCGAGUUUUCCUGCUUUUUAUUUAGUUAGAAUACUAUAGGACAUCAGCAGCUAUAGCAGAUUGCAGUAUAGGAAUCGAAGGGUGAGUGGGGUAAUAGGAAAGUUUGAGAGCCCCUCUUCUUCUUAUUUGCUACGUCUGCCAAUUAGUACGUAAUAUUAUUUAUUUAACAGAAUUCAUGAUUUCUGAUUGGGUAACAGCCAACGGUGAUUCUUCAUAUCAACACUGACAAUGGCUGACCAAAUAUGUUGUUGUGACGUCAAUGUUGUGAUAUUAUAGGUGUGAUAUGGAGAAUUAGAGAGCUUAAGCAUGCGGCAUUUUUGACAAUACGAACGUUGACCGGAAGCAAAUAUGACGUUAUCAACCAAUCAACAUUCUUGACCCAGUCGUUUAACGUUACUCAUGCCGUUCCUGUUGUCAAAAACGUCGCCUGCUUAAGCUCGCUAAUGCGCACGCUACGGCGCCAUGCUAUUGAUGUAAUCUGGAAACACAAACAAAUACAUUACAGGUCGAUUUUGGCCCGUUGUGUAUACUAUUCUAGUUUUUACGUUACAUUUAAUCAAACAGCGUACCUGUUUUGGAAUACCUGGUAUAGAAAACCUUUUUCUGGUGUAAGGGAUCACAGAGAUCUUUACUUGGUCUUUAUUGGUGUUUAUUGUUUACAUGGUGUUUAGGUGUGGUGGGCUGCUUCUGAUCUAGGAUGGGUAGUUGGUCAUUCCUACAUUGUAUAUGCGCCGCUAUUAACAAGAGCCACGUCAGUGCUUUUUGAGGUAUGGAUCUUCGUCCAACACCGACCAGUUGCCGACCAAGAUUCUAAACCACACGAAUUCAUUAAUUAUUGCAUAAUCAUAUACUAGGAAACAUAUCCAGCUCGCCUUCAUACAACUCUGUCUUAGCAACGUGCUAUGUGUUCGAACUUGUCGUAAUGUGUUGAACUGCAUGGCUCUUAAUUAAUCAAAACGAGAUGUAAUAUCCAUGUGUAGUAUAUUUGUAACAUCCAUUUUGUGGUAUGUUGCAGGGAAAGCCCGUGGGGACUCCAGAUUCUGGAGCUUUCUUCCGAGUGAUUGAAGAACAUAAUGUUUGCAGCUUGUUUACAGCACCAACAGCUAUUCGCAUAAUAAGAACGGAGGUAGGCUUCCAGUUUUUGUUUCAGCAGAUGUAUUGUUAUAUAAGAUGUGAGUAAAUAUGUGCAUGGGUUAGUGGAGUUUAUUAUAGCCAAUCAGUAUAAAUAUAGUAGCUUCUAGUUCUUCUCGGUAGCUUCUAGUUCUAGUCAAUCAGCAGCGACAACCCCUGUUUAUCCCGUAACGAAGGGAUAAACAGUUUCAAUUAUAAUUGUAAUAACUAUGUUUAUUUAUAGUUAUUACAUUUAUAAUUGAAACUGUUUAUCGCUUCGUUAAUACGGGAACGAAAAUGUGUAUGUUUCAUCAACUGCAUGUUGAACUUUGCAAUUGUAAUGAGGAGCUUUCGAUUUUUGUUGAAAAUUUUGAAUACACAAUAAAAAAAAUAGGGAAAUUCAAUGUUUUAAUUUAUAGGCAAACGUUAACAAACGAUCAAACAGAAACAUUGAAAAUUCGUUUUGAGCAACUUUAACAUGAUUGGUCAGUUGUUAUUUAACAGCUAACAUGAUUGGUUUAUCUGCACAGGAA